GACUAACAACGAUCCACAACAUUCAAUACUAGCAUAUUCAUUCAAGAUGAUCUUUUACAGCAUCAGCCUCCUAGUUUACCGGGACAAUGCAGCCGGUGAACGGGAAAUACUGGUAAGAUAUCUUGCCUCGGAAGCCAUGGUCCUAUCCCAGGCUCUAGAACCCGGCAAGGAGCCGAUUCAUUGUGCUCAGCGACUGGCUAUGCGGCAUCUUGGAGUCUACAUUCCAUAUCGCGACCUAAGCCGCAACGCAUCGGUCACGGUAGAAAGAGCCGGGGACGCGAGAGGCGUCCAGGUCUUUCUAGUGCCCUCCACGGCGCAGAUUGAGGCCCUCACUCAACAAGAAACUCAAGGGUGGAGGUAUUCUUUCCUCCCGCUUUCAUCGAUGACUAGCCUCUGGCUUACGCCGGAGAUUGCCGUCGAUCGAGAGUCGCUUGAAUAUACCGCGCUGGGCAUUGACCAAAUUAUCCCACCGGAUGGAUCCUUGACGGCGGAGAUAGUGAGCCCUUAAUUACCUACCUAGCUAUGUCGGAGAUCUGAAGAUCAGCCGACAACUCGCCGACUAGCU